AUGUGGUUAGGAUUUCGUGCAUUUGAAGAUAGGCGCGUGCGUGUGGUUUGUACAGCCAAGCUGACUGGCGGGUUGCUAGGUUAUGCAUAUUACUACAAAGCACACGCAUCACCCCAUGAACGGCCAGAAUUGCGAAGUCAUUUCCAAGGUCCUCAGUCAAAAGAUACUAUGACAACAUUGGUUCUGUUGCUUGCGUUCAGUCUUUAUAAUUGCGGGGAAGAUCCACUCGACGACUGCAAGUUCUCAAUCGACGAUGGGAUUUGCCCAAGAUUCCGU